AUGAUAGGGAAGCUUAUUUUCCUGGGCGUCCUCGUACUAGCCCAGGGCAAGCCGUACACGGCGGUGGAGGGCCAGGGGAGGGUGCGCACCGAACUCUGCCCGGAUUCCCUGGAGCACUUCCUGUUGCCCCACGAGUACGACUGCACGAAGUUCUACUACUGCGAGUACGGGCACAAAUGGGAGACGCCGCGAGACUGUUCACCAGGCACUGAGUUCUCGUUCGAACUGCAGGUAUGCGUACAUCCAGCGCUGGCAAACUGCACCAACAACGCCUAUAACGACAACGGCUGCUCCAACAACAACAACAACUACGACGCCGGAACCAACAACGACCACAACAACUCCAGAACCAACAACAACUACGACUACAACAACUACCACGACUCCGGCGCCUACAACGAGUACCACAACUCCGGAGCCUACAACAACUACGACUACAACAACUACCACGACUCCGGCGCCUACAACGAGUACCACAACUCCGGAGCCUACAACAACUACGACUACAACAACUACAACGACUCCGGUACCAACAACGACCACGACGACUCCAGAGCCAACAACGACCACAACAACUCCAGAACCGACAACAACUACGACAACAACAACUACAACAACAACUCCAGAGCCAACAACGACCACAACAACUCCCGAGCCAACAACAACUACGAUUUCAACAACCACAACAACUCCGGCGCCAACAACGACUACUUCUUUGGCACCGACAACAACAACAAUAACCUUACCCUCCUCCACACCGCACCUAUUUCAACCCCGAUUUGCAGGUAUGCGAUUGGCCCUAUAAUGUGGAUUGUGCUGGAGGUGGCGAGGGGGGAGGUGAUAGCGACGGGGGGCUGUUACCGAACGGUUGCCCAGCCGACUUCGACAUCCACAAGCUUCUUCCUCACGAAAACAACUGCAGCAAAUUCUAUUAUUGUGUCCACGGCGAGAUAUUGGAACGCGAUUGUCCUGCGGGUACACACUUCAAUCCGACUAUCCAGGUGUGUGACUGGCCGGAAAAUGCUGGAUGUGCCGUCGAAGAAGAUGGUGGAGGAGAAUGUGGUGGUGGAUGCGGAGGUGUUGGAGAUGGAGGAUGUGGAGGAGGUGGCGAUGGAGGUGGUGCAGGAGGCGGUGAUGGAGGCGGUGAUGGAGGCAGUGAUGGGGGCGGCGAUGGAGGCUGUGGGGGAGGUGGUGGAGGUGGAGACGGAGGCGGCGAUGGAGGUGGCGAUGGAGGCGGCGAUGGAGGCGGCGAUGGAGGCGGCGAAGGAGGCUGCGGGGGUGGUGGUGGAGAUGGCGAUGGAGGCGGCGAUGGAGGCUGCGAGGGAGGCGGCGAUGGAGGCUGCGGUGGAGGUGGUGGAGAUGGCGAGGGAGGCGGCGAUGGAGGUGGCGAUGGAUGCGGUGGUGGAGGUGGUGAAGCAGGCGGGGACGGGGACUGUGGAGGAAACGGAGAUGGAGAUUUGU